AUGAGCGAUGUAUUUGAAAGAUACGAGCGCCAGUACUGCGAGCUCUCCGCCAAUCUCUCUCGGAAGUGCAGUUCCGCUUCCGUUCUCCCCGAAGGAGAGGAGAGGAGGGAAAAAUUAUCGGAGAUAACAUCUGGAAUCGAAGAGUGCGAUGCCUUGGUCCGGAAGAUGGAUCUUGAGGCGAGAAGUUUGCAGCCGAGUGCCAAGGCCAUGCUUCUGGCUAAGCUGAGGGAGUACAAGUCCGAUCUGACUAAGUUGAAGAGGGAAUUCAAACGGGUUGCGUCCGGGAAUUCUAAUCAAGCUGCACACGAGGAGCUGCUGGAAUCUGGAUUGGCCCAUCCUAAUGCGGUGUCUGGAGAUCAAAGAGAAAGAUUGACUAUGUCAAUAGACAGACUAAAUCAGUCAAGUGAUAGAAUUAAGGACAGUAGAAGAACCGUGCUGGAGACAGAAGAACUUGGUGUCACGAUUCUUGAAGAUUUGCACCAACAGCGCCAGACGCUGCUACAUGCACAUAACAAGCUGCAUGGGGUGGACGAUGCCAUUGACAAGAGCAAGAAGGUGAUAACAUCCAUGUCUCGGAGAAUAUCCAGAAACAAGUGGAUCGUUGGCUCGGUCAUUGCCGCCCUUGUGUUCGCAAUCAUACUCAUAAUCUCCUUCAAGGUCUCUCACUAG